AUGCGCAGUGCCACAUCUAUGCCGUUCAAACUAUUCUAUCUUCUCGUUACUGUAUUUUCAACUGCACCAUUUUACUCUUCUGCUGCUUUUGUAGAAUACAAACUGUCAGAGUUAUGGCGGCGACGAACACAGGAAGAUGUGCAUCUGUUUCCAACACAUUCCUCUUUCACAUAUCCCACCUUCGUUGGCUUACCGCAAGAAACUGGUGUCAGCCGGGUUCACAUGACCGCUGAAGAUGUGAAGAAGCUCGCUGCAGAGCUCAGCGAAAGCGAAAUAAUGUCAACCUGCUCUUAUGAAUACUUGGGUUCGACAUUUUAUGUGGUUAACACUGCCAAGUCAACGGAUGAUGAAGUGCAGGUUUCGCUAAAUUUGACCCUACCGGAGUUGGAAGCCAUGACCGAAGAAAUGAUUAUCCGUUCGAUGAAGCCGUCGCACAUUUGUCGUGGCAGUAAUGGGCUACAUCAGGCAGUAUGGCGCGGUGGUUCGAAUAAAUAUCUACGUCACUACAUCGUGCAGGAGGGAGAAAUCAAGGCGAUACUUCACGAAGACGUUAUAUAUGGACGACGUGGAUACUAUCCAACUUCCAUGCAAAUUAGGUCUUCUGAAUUACCAUCAUUAUCUAUAUCUGUCCACCGUCGUGGCCAGACUAUUCUGUCGAUCUCGUAUGGGUAUUCGGAUCUGCGUUUGGAAAGUAAAGCUUCACCAAAAAACAAGUAUCGCGUUGCAUCUAUUAGCAAAACAAUCACAGCUAUGGGCAUUGCGGAACUGGUCAAUCGCCGACAUAUUAGCUUAGACUCGAAAGUGUUUGGAGCAAAAGGUGAAGAUUUGUAA